UAAACACAGCAGUUUGAGUGUUUGCCUGAAUUUGUCCAUUUGAAAUCCCACAGGAUUACCACAGGCUGCUGAAUCGAAGUUCAGGCUCUCACUCAGAUGAGAUUCGAGAUGAUGCCCAGCAAAGGUGAUGGGAAAAACCUGGAUCUCUCCAGGCUAACGGAUGACGAAGCCAAGCAUGUCUGGCAGGUUAUCCAGAGAGACUUCCGCUUGCGAAAGAAAGAAGAGGACAGACUAGGGGAGCUAAAGACCAAAAUAUUGAAAGAGGAUACAAAAAGAGAGCUGCUGGAAUAUCAGCCUAAACUCAGUGAUUCUCUCUGCAUUCGCUGUCUGCAGCCCUUCAAAUUACUUGUCAACAGCAAGCGCCAAUGCCUGGACUGCAAGCUCUUUGUCUGCAAGUCCUGCAGUCAUUUUAACAAGAAGGAAAGCGGUUGGGUGUGUGAUCCAUGUCACAUGACCAGAAUCCUCAAGAUUGGCACAUUGGAAUGGUUUCAUGAGAAUGUACGCUCUCGCUUCAAAAAUUUUGGCAGUGCAAAGGUCAUAAAUUCCCUUUUCAAGCGACUAAACAAUGAUCGUGCCUGCUCUCAAACUGACUUCAGAGAGCCUCAAGACGAUGACACGCACAGCAUGCCUGAAGUGAACAUUGGUUCCCUGUAUAGUCAGGAGGAUGAGCAAUCUAAGGGACGAGACAGACGGCACUUCAACCUGACCAGAAGAGGUAGACGGCUGCUUCCAGUUGAUCCUCUUGAUUUUAAUCUUGGCGUUGAGAACUCUGUCUAUUCUCGGCCUCACUUCUUGCUGCAUUCAGGCAGCCAUGAGAAAAUAACCCAGAGAAAAGACUCACUAACUGAAGAGGACUGGCCUACAACCUUUAAGCAGAUUCUGGAGAAUGGAACCCAUGACAGAGGUCAUGAAAUGAAGGACGUGUUUCAAAUCAGCCAAAGAAGUCUGGACAAGCCUUCUUAUUUUGAUGACUGCACACUGAACCUAGAGCAGAGGAUGACAAAAGCUUGUUCCCUGUCUAAAAUGAGCAUUUCCUCAGCUGGCAGUACUAACUAUCACCUCCACCGUGAGCUUUCCUACAGCCUGGACUCAGACGAUGAUGAUGAGUCUCAGAUGAAUGUCAUACCUGUAUACAGUCCAUUCCUACAGAGGGAGCCCUCACCAGAUGAGAUUAUUGAGCUAAAUAAGCGUAUGUCAGCAAUUGAGACACUUCUCAACCGUUUGGAGCAGAAAAUGACAGUUCCAGUAACUGGGGGAUCAAUCGAACAGGUUGAGCAGAAGAAAGAGGAAGAUCUGUCUCCUGCUGACCUAGAGGAGCUUGAGCUCAGGAAAAAACUUGAUGAACUUACCGAAAAAAUAAGUGACAAAGGUCUGUCCUCUGAUGAUGAAACACAAUCUUCAGAGGACUCUCCAAAUAAAGAAGCUGUUUAUGAGGCUACAGCUUUGAGAAGAACUUCAGCUGGAAUUGGGAAUGUCAGACAUGAGCGGCCACUGGAGGAGGAAUGGAAAGCAAAGCCAGAUAUACAUAAUUUCCUCAAAAAGCAGAGGAGGGUGAGUUCCUUUGAGCUCAGUAACACAACCAGCUGUGAGCUGUCGCAACUGGAGGGUAAAGUUGCAAUGGCAGCAGCCAGUGUCCAGAGCACUCAAAGCGGGGUUACAGAUAUUCAGAAAAGAAUCGCUGCUUUGAGUGCUGCAGGGAUGUCAGUGGAGACCUCCCGUAGACGGAUUAUUAUAGCAAUGUCAAAAAGAGGCUGACUAUUGUUGCCAUGUCUUCUCUCUUUCGUGCCGGCUUCUCAGCCAUCAAGGAUGUUAAAUGAUUAUUCAGUAAGAGCACAUUUUUUCAAUGUUCUGUAAUGUGUAAUCUGUCAUUUCCAUUUCUUUAACCCAAUCAUAAUUGUGUAUAAAAAGAAAGAGCUCCAUUUGUUUUCUAUUACUGAUUAGAAAUGUCUUCAGUCACUUUUGACGUAGCAUUAUCAGAGCAUUAGAACUUAACUAUAAAAAUGAUUGACAGUGAACUUGGGCUUAAACUUGAAUAUGUGAUUUGAGUACUCUAGGCCCAACAGUAUAUUAGGUAGCAAUGUUUAGCUAGCAAUGCCAAAGUCAUGGGUUUGAUUCCCAGGAAAUGCAUGUAGCCUACUGAUACAAUGUAUAGCUCAAAAACACUGCAAGUCCCUGCAGAUAAAAGUAUAUGCCAAAUGCAUACAUGUAAAUAUAAUAUGCAAAAUUCCAUACAAGAAAGGCACAAGAAGUCAAUAUGUGUUAUGAAGACUACUAAACUAGAUUCUCUCGUGACAUCUUUGGUCAGUCGUCAAGUUAUUUUUGCACAUGAUAAGGGAUGCUCAUGUUUAAUGCAGUAUAUGAUUAUUUAGUGGUAGUAAUUCCAGAAUAGGCCUACAUGUGUAAAGUAUUUGUAAAUCACCAUUAGACAUAGGAACCUAGCAAAUGUUGUCUUAACGUUCCUCGUUAAACAUUCGGUUACCAUACACAGUGACUUUCAGAUAGCAAUCAGGACCCCUGCUCAGCCUCAGGAACAAAUCAACUUCCCACCUCCUGUGGCCAUGAAAGGGGUAAUGGAAAAUCUUUAGUUUGGUAUAAUAUAAUUGCUCAGGUUGCCUCAGAAAGUCUGGUUACUUAUCACAUUUCCAUCAGUUACCAGACAUGCUAACACAUGGGAAACACCACAGAGAAAAGUUCAGUCAGUAUUCAUUGAUGGGGGAACAUUACAUUGUAAGAAAAUACUGGAUGUUUCGGGUACUAAUUAUGCUCUGUUUGCUUUCUCUGAAGGAUCUGGCAAUUAAGCAAGAUUAUUACGGAAGCUGAGCAUCAUGUGAAGAAAGAUUACGCCUUUUCAUAUAUUAUUAAUACAAACCUACAGAACAUUUAUACAUUUACACCAGGCAUAUGUCACAUGACAGUUGUUGUUAUGUUCAUGGACUCUUCAUCUUUUUAAUAAGUAUUGGUAACACUUUACAAUAAGGUUUCUUUUGUUACAAUUAGCUACAACAUUAGUUAUAUGACCUAACAUUGAACAAUACUUAACAGAAUGUAUUAAUCUUAAUGUUAAUUUCAACAUAACACAUUUUAAAAAUCAAAAGUUACAUCAGUCAAUGCACUAUUAACUAACGUGAACUUACAAUGAACAAUUGUAUUUUUAUUAACUAACAUGAACAAAGAUGAAUAAAUGCUGUAUUGUACAUUUUUUGUUCAUAUCUAAUGCAUUAACUGCUGUUAACGAAUGGGACAUUUUUGUAAAGUGUUACAGAUAUAUUUAAUAAAUGCUUUCAGUAGAUGUGUCAGGUUAUUCAGAUCAAAGGAGAAGCUCAUCUUUUAACAUGCACUCUUUAUUUCCUUAGGACAGAAAAUGUGUCAAAAUAUCAAAUGUGCAUAACAGAAGCUGCAUGUUUGUCUGUUUACAGCACAUACGCCAUUUAAAUAAAAAACAAAACCGCUUUAUAUCUAAUGAACUGGGUUAGGAUACAUUACAUCAAAUAUUGUAUUUUAUAUACGUUUCAUAUAUAAUAAAUGUUUGUAUCUUUCUUCUCAUUAAAUAUCUAACACUACUCAAAUGUGU